AUGAAGCCUUUAAGAACAUCUCACUUCACUUUCAUUUUUUCCAUCAUCAUCAUCUCAACGUUCCAAACUUCCAUUGCUCAAGUUUUUGAAUGCUGUGGAUCGAAACUGCUCGACUCACAAAGCAGUGUGGCCAUAGAGAACGGUCGGCCCUUGGUUGCUGGCACGUACAGAGCAUUGACCUUGAAAAUUUGCACUUCUGAACCGCUAAGAAUUCAGGUGUGGACACGGUUAAAUGACAACCAAUAUCUCCUCAAGUGGUCCUACAAUAUCAACGCUUCUUUGGAACAAAGCUUUCAGCACAAUUACACAUUAUUAUCACAAAUUUUCAAUAUUGUCAUAAUGAUCAGUUAA